CACAGCUCACAAUGAAGACCGCCUUUGCUCUGUUCGCCGUUUUGGCUGCUAUUGUUGUUUUUGUCAAUGCUGACGCUGGUCGCUCGGCCUGCAAGGAUGAGUCUGAGAUUGGACAGACCUAUCCCCAUCACUUCGAUCCGGCCAAGUACUGGCAUUGCGAGACACUGGGCACCCCAGCCACCGAGGUCGACUGCCCCAAGGGAUUAGCCUACAUGCAUCUCCUCAAGGAGUGCAUCCCAUGGGCCAGUUACAUCUGGAAGAAACCCGAGAUGCCCCCAACUGUUUACUAAAUUUUGAAACAAAAUAAUAAAUAAUUGACAACAGCAAAA